GUGAGGUCGAAGCCUUGUUAUUCUUCUGUUCACUUUUUUCUUCUUGCCUGAGGAACUAUACGAAGAAAAAGGCCAAGCCCAAGCCUCACUUCUGCCUCACUUGGACUUUGAUCCGCUCAUUGUUCACGCACAUUCAAGUCGCCUCCUUCCGUCCAUGACCUCAGCCUCCCUCGAUCGGUUAAUCUUUUUAUAAGUUGGUCUUGCAAAUUUUCGACCGGACGACCAAUCUUUUCCAUCUUUCUUCCUUUCAUCUUUCUUCAUUGCUAUACCUCAUACCACAAGUCUACUCUCGAGAGCCUCCUCUUCUCCCAACCGCUCUUCACUCCGACGUAUCCGCCCGAUAUCAACUUCAGAUUCAACACCAGCUCGCCAUCAUGUCUCCUAACAGCGAUAAUGCCAUGGCUCGCUUCUUGUUCGCCAUCUUGAAGCAGAAGAACCUCAAGGAUAUUGAUUGGAGUCAAGUGGCAGCCGAUCCCGUCCUCAUCGAGCCCAUCACCAACGGCCAUGCCGCGAGAAUGCGGUACUCCCGCUUCCGAGCAACCGUCACCGGCCACACACCGUCAAAGAGAGGUCGGCCAUCAGAGAAGGCAAAGUCAGGCAAGGUGAAGAAGGGUGUGCAGGCAAAGAAGGAGAAACCAAUCAAGCAAGAGCCGGUCUCAGCAAACGUCUCUUCGUUCGCUCAGUUUUCUCCUGAAUCUCUCGCAUCACUCACAUCACCUUACAUGGAUGAAUGCGACGAUUUUGACCCUCGCUUCCUCACACCCUGCAGCGAAGACAUGACUCAGGGACUGUCCAUCCCUCCAUCUGCUCUCGAUGACAUCCGACAUACGAACGGAUUGAUGUUCCCACCUCUUGGUGGCAACUCAGACUUUUUGAGUCAUGCUGGCCAUGACCAUGCCUCUACCUCUGCAUUUGACGCCGCCUACGACCUGAACUUCGGUUCGGGAGAUCUUCACAGCCAGGGCCUAUCUCUCUCUGGUGGAUCACAGCCUCUCGGUGACUGGGAUGAUCGAUUGAACGACCAGCAAUACUAAAUUCGCUUUGAUUUCGAGAUGGCACACUACGAAUACGAGAUAAAACCUCCAAAAAAAGAAGACGAGGGAAGUGCAGAGAGCGACAAAAUUCCUUUUAUGACUUGAUGAUACUGGCCACGGUUAGUGGUUAAUUGGUUUGGGCAAAUCUCUUUCAUCUCCAAGGAGAAGAUCGGAUCGGUUGGGAAUUAGGGACAUCUAAAAAUGAUUACAGAGGGGGUUUAUAAUGGCAUGUGUAUAAUAGUGAGGACGAGGUGGAUGAGCAUAUCCGUCUCUAUUUUUCCAUCUUUCUCGUUCUCUUUUUUCUUUUCUUUUUCUUUUUACUUCACAUUGGCUCUUGCUAUCUUGCUAUCUUGCUACCUGAUACUUCUCUUUUUUCUUUUUUUUUCUUUUUCGGCUAUUUAGAUACCAAGAUGAUAUGGUAGAAACCAAUACUGAUUGUUGACCGC